AUGACAAUUGCGAGGGUAUUAAUAGGAACUAUUGUAAAGAAGGGUUGGAAGAUGUUUCAAUUAGAUGUAAACAAUGCCUUCCUUUAUGGAGAUCUACAUGAGGAAGUAUACAUGGAGGUACCUCAGGUCCUAGUAGUAGACAAGCCAGGUUUAAUAUGCAAGUCGAAUAAAUCUCUAUAUGGACUCAAGCAAGCAGUAGACAAUUAUGAUAUUGUAAUAGGGACUCACCAGGAAGAGAUUGAUUCUUUGAAGAGUUUCCUGCAUGAAACUUUCAAGAUAAAAGAUUUAGGAAGGCUACACUACUUCUUAGGAAUGAAAGUACUCUACAAGGAAGAUAGAGUGCUGAUAUGCCAAAGAAAGUUUACUAUGGAUCUGCCGAAAGAGUUUAAGUGUGCUCAAUAUUCCAGCCGAACAUCACCCCUUGAUCCCUCUACAAAGCUGAAGGCAGAUCAGAGUCCAAUGUUGAUUGACCCUUCCAAUUACAGAAAACUGGUAGGGAAGCUGAACUUCUUGACAAAUACAAGGCUUGAUAUAUCCUACAGUGUCCAACAUCUUAGCCAAUACAUACAGUCACCUAGAGAAGCUCAUUUGAAAGCUGCAUACCAUGUUUUGAGAUAUUUGAAGGGUGAUCCAAGCCCGGGGAUAUUCUUUUCUAACAGCAAGGAAAAUGGGAUAAGAGCCUUAUGUGACUUAGAUUGGGCAGCAUGCCUUGAGACUAGAAGGUCAGUCAAUGGUUACAUUGUGCUGCUUGGAAACAGUCCUAUUAGUUGGAAAUCAAAGAAACAGUCCACCAUAUCUUUAUCUUCAGCUGAAGCAAAGUAUAGAGCAGCUAGACAAGUUGUGGGUGAACUUGUUUUGUUGGUUGCACUUCUUGAAUAG